CGGAGUUUCCCGAGAAACACCAGAAGGCGGAAAAGCGGACAGUAUUUAAGCUGGAGACUGAAUGACGGCUGCUCUCACAGCUUCAGUUUGUCCGCAUACUUUUACGGUUGACAUAUUUUUAAUAUCCGACUGUUGAAACGACGACAAGUUCAACACUCUGUUGCAACAAGGAAACUUGAUCAGAAAUGGCUUAUCCAAGACCUCUGCUGAUACCAUGGCUGCGGGAAAAAAUUGACAGCGGCAGGUUUCCUGGUGUCAACUGGACAAACCUGGAAAAAACUGAGUUUACUAUCCCAUGGAAACAUGCUCUGAGACAGGACUCGUCUGACACCGAUGUUCUCAUCUUUAAGGCUUGGGCUGAGGUGAGCGGCAACGGCCGUGCUCAAGGCGACGCUUCUGUGUGGAAGAGGAACUUCCGCAGCGCCCUACGAGCUAAGGGCUUCAAACUGCAGUCAGAUAACAAGAACGACACUGCUAACCCCCAUAAAGUGUUUCAAUGGCCGAAGGAUUCAGCAUUAGGAGCUAAUUCUUCUGCUGGCUCCCAGGAACAGGAUGACGAUAACUUGUAUAACGGCUUUGCAUUUCCAGAGAAUCAGGCUUUCCAAAACUUUGUUGAUGAUAUCUACCUUCCAGAAGACAUUGCGAUGCCAGCUGGCCAGGAUCUUCUCCAGGAGUGCUUGAGAGACCUGAACAUUGGCCCAGACGUAGAGGGCACCGUGGGCUUUGAGCUUCCUCCUGAGCAGCAACAGCUGCAGAAUCAGAUUGUGAUUGGUGGACACCCGUUGCCAGGGCAACAGCAAGAUCCAGUAAUGUUUUCGGGUGCAGCCAGUGAAACUGGGUUGCCUGGGCAACCAGCAUGUCCAGUGCAGGGAGAUGUGGGAGGGGCCUAUGCUACACACUUCCUGCAAACAAUGCACAAGACUGGAGAUGGAGAUAAUUUCAAGACUGAGUUCAAGAUAACAGUGUGCUACCGAGGGGAGAAAGUGCUUGAGACGCUGGUUGGGAAUGAAGCUGGAUUCCGCCUAGUCUACAGGCCUAACCUCGUUGGUGCAGUUUCGGAUUGUGACACAGACCUCACCCUCGUCUCUCUGCCAAAACCUGGACCAAUGCUGGAUAAAACCCAAGCUAAGCUGACCCAAAGGAUUCUGGAUAUUCUGGGAGACGGCGUUGACGUAAGGGUAUCAGGUCACGUGGUCUACGGCCAGCGUCGGGGUGAAAUCAAAGCUUUCUGGAGCUUCGACAAGUUUGACAACACCAGAAAGCCUCAAGAGAUUUCUAAACUGAACCCUGAAACUCUUUAUCCCUUCAGGACAUUUUUGCAAGGAAUAAUGGACUUCAUUCAAGGGAGGGACAGGGACUGCCCUCCCUGCACCCUGUUCAUCUGUCUCGGGGAGAAGUGGCCUGACCCAGAGAACCGGCCUUGGGAGAAAAAACUCAUCACUGUUGAGGUGGUCUUGACUUCAAUGGAGUUACUGAAGAGUAUAGCUGUUGGAGGCGGCGCCUCCUCCCUGCAGUCUGUAGAGCUGCAGAUGUCACUCGAGGAGAUGAUGGAGCUGCAUUGAUGCACCACUCUGUGCCAGCAGGAAAUAGCUGCUUACCCUUAUGUUUACCUGAUUCAGUGUAAAUAUGUGUGCUUUUAAAAAAGAAAUUGACAUAAAUAAGAUCUAUGAUAUUUAAUAAGCUCUUUCUGGUACAAUUUGUAUUAGUAUGUUUUUAAAGAAUCAAAACAAAUUCAGAGAUCAACCACCAUUUGUGCCUCAAUUAGUGACAGUAAAAUUAUUUGCAUUUUUAUGUGACAAUACUUUUUCUUUAAGGUUAUCAAAGACAACAGUGUCUGUAAUGAGUCGCUUGGUACAAUGGCAUUUUACAGGCUUUACUCAAUGAAAUAUGACUUAAAUUCACAAAUAUUAAUGCUCUAGCCUUUGAAUAAUGUGUAAUGUGUGGUUUAUUUGCAAUUUUUUGAACAGCAGUCCUUUAAAGAGAAUUGCAUGUAACUGUACAUUUUAACACAUUUAAAACCUUUAUUGAAAGACUUACGGGCAUUAUAAUAAUCAGGAAAUCAGUUUAUUGUCAGCAACUACAACAUGUCAAGAAUUCCAUUCUUGACUGAAACCAGUGUGAAAGCUGCUCUACGAUCUGUAUUAUAAGUCUGAAUCCAAAUACGAAGAAAUAAAAAAAAAAAGAAAAUCA